CAAAGCUUCGCUGCAAUUAGUAUCCAAAGAAUGUACAGACCUGAAGGCUGAGAAAAAUGUACUUGUUGAGAAAAUCUCUUCCCUACAGGAGCUGGUAAACGAUUUGGAAGAUUGCAGGCAGAGCAAAGUUAUCUUAGAAGAGAAGCUUCAACGUAUGGAGGGUGAAUUAAUGGCCAAACAGGCUAAAUGUGAUGAGGCUGUCGAGGUGAAAAAUGAGCUGAACCAGAUCAGGAGAGAGCACAAGCACUAUCAGCGGAUGACACAACAGCUUGAAGAGCAGAAAGAUGAGUACCUGAGAAGAGCCCGAGCCUCUGAAGAAGAACUAAAUUCUAUGAGGGAAGAGAAAAGAAAACCGAAGCAUGUUAACAACACAAGGAGCCCCGGACUAUCUAAAGCUCAUAUGAAAGUAGCAAAUUCAGCCACUGAAGAUUCAAGCCCGUCAAAGCGUGACAUAAGAAAGAAGCCGAUCAUGAAGAAUGUACGGCAACAAGUAGUGAAAGAUCAACCUAAGAUGUCCAAUGCCCGGCAUCACAUAGAGGACAUCCAUAUCAAUAACAGCGAUGUUGAAAGCUGCCAUGAUGUUGGAGUCGAUCCUAGGUCAAAAGUAUCUUUACUUGAGAGUGAUCUUGUUGAUUCUGCUGUAGCAGAUGACUCUGAUAAUAUUCCACUUAGCAGAGUUCCAGGAAGGAAUCCCCCGCCAGACUCUCCUAGAAAAGCAACUCCCGAAGGCGAAGUAGUAAUGAGAAAAAAGUUUGAGCGCACAAAGUCACGGCUAGAGUCCGAGUUGAGAGACAUACGCGAGCGCUAUCUCCAUAUGAGCCUCAAGUACGCAGAGGUGGAAGCUCAACGCGAGGUACUUGUGAUGAAGCUGAAAGCUUCCCAGAGCGCCAAGAGAUGGUUCUCCUGAACGGAUAAAUUUUUCUGGUGAAUAUUAUAGCGUCUAUGCGAGUUCUGAGUGUCUUUCAAACAUGUGAACAGUCCUGCAGUUUCAAUCACUUAAACGAUCGUGAGGUCAAAAAAGAAGAAACAGUAAGGCAGCAGAGCAACUGCUAAUUGCAGAAGGAUUAGAAGAAAGGGAGAUCAACACAUGCUUUCCUGUCGAUGAUCACCAUAGCCAAUGCAACACGCAGAGAAUUUUCCAUGCUUCAAUCGCAAGUGAAUCUGCUUCUGGCGGAAUCAAACAAGACAAGCGGUGUGUAUUUGUAUUGCGGUAGAUGCGAAAAUGCUUUGUAGUUACAGGGUGAAUAUGAACAUGGGUUUUCAUGGCUGUACUAGUUAAUAGGCAAUUUGGAUCUGUCUUGUUUUUACCACAAUGAAAAUUUUGGAAUUAGUAAACGAGCAUUAUGGAAGAA